CCUACUGAUACAGUACAAUGGGAAUCCAUGGUUUGCUGCAGUUUAUCAAGGAGGCAGCUCAACCUAGUCACGUAAAGAAGUACAAAGGACAAGUAGUUGCUGUGGACACUUACUGCUGGCUACACAAAGGAGCCUACGCGUGUGCAGAAAAGCUAGCAAAAGGAGAAGCCACAGACCAAUAUGUAGUUUAUUGCGUGAAACUUGUUGAUAUGCUUUUAUCGUUUGGAGUUAAACCAAUUCUAGUAUUUGAUGGAUGUACUCUGCCUUCAAAAAAGGAAGUUGAAAAAGCAAGAAGGGAAAAACGACAAGCAAAUCUCCUAAAAGGAAAACAACUUCUCCGGGAAGGGAAAUUAUCAGAAGCAAGAGAAUGCUUUGCUCGCAGCAUUAAUGUUACACAUGCAAUGGCUUGUGAAGUGAUUAAAGCUGCCCGAGCCCAAGGAAUAGACUGUCUUGUUGCACCAUAUGAAGCUGAUGCUCAAUUAGCCUAUCUUAACAAAACUGGCAUGGUCCAAGCUAUAAUUACAGAGGAUUCUGAUCUCCUCGCUUUUGGAUGCAAAAAGGUGUUUCUGAAAAUUGACAAGUUUGGAAACGGCUUAGAAAUUGAUCAAGCUCGGCUAGGAAUGUGCAAACAGCUUGGUGACGUCUUUACAGAAGAGAAGUUCCGUUACAUGUGUAUUCUGUCUGGCUGUGACUACCUUCCGUCAAUUCAUGGUAUUGGCUUAGGCAAGUCUUGCAAGCUGUUAAAGAUAGCCAAUAACCCCGAUAUUAUAAAGGUCAUUGGGAAAAUGGGACAGUAUUUAAAAAUGAAUAUUUCAGUAUCUGAAGAAUACAUACAAGGAUUUAUUCGUGCUAAUAAUACUUUCCUCUAUCAGUUGGUUUUUGACCCAAUCAGCAGGAAACUUGUUCCUUUGAAUGCUUAUGAGGAUGAUGUUGAUCCAGGAACUCUAUUUUAUGCUGGAAAAUACCUUGAUGAUAGGACUGCUUUUCAAAUUGCACUUGGAAAUAAAGACAUCAUCACAAUGGAGCAAAUUGAUGACUACAAUCCUGAUGUGUCACCGCAUGUACAAUCAAAAAGCCGUGGCUGGGAUGUCAGUUACACUCAUGAGAAGUCAUUCUAUGUAAAGAGUAUUUGGAGCAUGGACUACAAACCCUCUUUUACUACUAAGAUUGCCACAAAUUCAGCACCUUUGUUAGAGAAACCCACUACCCGAGGAAUUGAACAGCUAAUUAACUUGAAAGGACUCAAAUUUCCUAGCAAAAUGCUAGUGGCAAAAAGACCAAGGCAUGAAGAACUAUCAGAAGGGGAACUGCUAAGCCAGUAUUUUUCAAACUCAAAAAAAACCAAAACAGAAAAAUGUGAUGAGAACCAGCAGCUUUUUAGUGGAAUGUCUGCAAUCUGUGCUUCCCAGGACUCAUGCAGAAACAAAGACAAUUCCAAUGUUCAGCCCAGGCUUAGAAAUAAAUUUGCCACUAUUCUGCAGAAAGAGAAUGAAAAAAAUGGUGCAGUUGUUGUUCCAGGAACCAGAAGCAGGUUUUUCUGCAGCAUUGGGGAUCUGCCUGAGAAUAUAUCAAAGGAUAAAACGGACCAGCCUCUCCAGGACAGCAAGGCCGAUGGUCCAACUCUGGAAAUAAACAAUAAAUUAACAGAAGACCACAGUCCCUGCUCAUCGGAGACUGGAGAAAUUGAAAGAAUCAUCUCAUCAAUACCUGGUGUAGUACAGUCAAGCUGUUUCACUUGGUCGAGAAGCUUUGCAGAGAGAUCUGUGACUCCUAGCCCACCGCAAAGCAUCACGCUGCUAAAGCACUUCCAGAGACCCAGUAAAGACACAGCUAAAGACUGUAGCAUGUCUGGCUCACACAAAACCUCACCAGCAAAUAAAGAGUCUGAUGAAGUGACAUCACCUUUAAAAGAACUGCAGUGUCCAUCAAAACACACUCUUGACCAGCUGUUGCAAAGCAGGGUGGAUGCUUCAGAAAAUUUGCCAGGGACCAAGAAAAAUGCUAUUCCUGGCAAAGAAUCUGACAGCAGUCCAGAACCAGAUCGUAAUCUGAAUUCUCAGGUCCUUCCAUUUGCUAACUCAGAAUGUAUAGAAAAUAAGAAUGCAGUUUCCAGACAUAUGAUUCCUGCAUUAUGUAGAACCAAUUCUCUGAAAUCUCCUGUGGUGGCAAAAUGUAAAUUACUGAUGCCCGCCAAAGUUAGUGGCUUAAGCAAGAAAAUAACAAGUAUAAAGAAAAAACGCCAUAAUGCUGAAAACAAGUCAGGACUGCAGGUGAAAAUUAAUGAUCUGUGGAAGAGCUUCCAGUUCAAAAGGGAAUCAGAAACUCUACCUUCCUGUAGAAAAUCAGAACCAUUGUCUCCAAUUAAAGAUAACAACAAUCAACUCACUCCAGACAUAUAUGAUGAAACUUUUGAUAAGUGCAGUGGAAAAUAUUUCAGUGAAGUGGCUCUGCAGAUCUGAGCAAUUCUGUCAUCUUAUUUUUGGACAAAUUUAGAUCAAUUAUUUCUGGACAUAAAAAUCAAAGUAACUCUUACAUAUAUAUAUAUAUAUAUAUGGACUUCAGCUAAUACUAUCAACUUCUGUUUUGAAAGAAGCAGAAUGGAACAAUACGGUGCUUGUUGCUGCCUUGAAUAAAAUCAUUUGAUACAAA